AGAGGUAUUAUUUAUCUUCUGAUAGAGCCACUUUUUAAACUUAGUGAAGAUGAUGGGGUCAAGAACAGUACUCCAAAGAAGAAUAUGAAAGAAGUUUCACAUCAGACGUUACAAAAGGUACAACUAGAAAGAAGAUUCAAAGCUAUUGAAGGAGAAUUAAAGAAACAGAAAGAAGUAAAUAAAGACUUAUUGAAGGAGAAAAACGAUUUGAAAGCAUCUUUAAAAGUGCAGAAGGAAGAUGCAGACACAAGAGAGAGAGAGCUGGAAACGCUACUUAAGAGCAUUUGUCAAAUAAAAAAGGACAAAGCAGAACUUCAGUUAGUGAUUGAUGAGCAGGAAAAAGAAGCUGCCUCUUUGAAGAGGCAAGAGGCAGAAGCUAACAGGUUGAGAAAUGAAAAUGAAGAUUUGCUGAGUCAAGUGCAGGAGCUGAAGUGUUUGCUGGAUGAAGCCAAAGCAGUGGCAACCUGUGGGCAAUGUAAUUGCAAGAUAACAGACACCAAGGUCAAAUUAAAAACAGCCAAGAAAAAGAGCUCUUUGGGACAUCAUGGAGCUUUCCUCAAACAGUCCAUCAAGGUUAUGAGUAAUGUAUUUGAGAACUUCAGUAAGGACGGCUGGGAGGAUGUGAGUGAAAGCAGUGAUGCUGAAAUACCAACUUCUGAAAGUCCUGAAACAGUGAUUAUGAAGACCGUGCAAAACAUUGAUCCACUUCCAGACAGAAGUAAACAACAGGGAAAAAAGCGUACACAAGAUAGUCAAAAGCCCUGCAACAUUGUUCAUUUAGAAGGCAAAAAACAGCAUUAUGAUAAAAAGGGCCAUUCACAGAAUAAAGACUUAGCAAAGUUACUUUCCAAGAGCAGGAAGAUCUUCUGUCUUGUAACAUCUUAUCCAUCAACGCUAAGCAAAGUAAACAGAACAAAAAGGAGAAAUAUCGUCCAGAAACCAGGCUACUCUGUUACUCUACUGCAGGAAAGAAUUAAGUCAUUGCAGCAGCAGAUAACUGUUUUACAGAAGGAAAAAAAGACAUCAGUGUCUUCCGAGAAAGGAUUUAAAGAAACCAAUGAAAAACUAACAACUCAACUACAUUUGGCUGAUCAGAGACUUCAAGCUAGUAAACUGACCAUAGAGGUGUUGACCUCCAACCUGGCCAAGUGUCAACAGGAGAAGGAAGAUUUACAAGGAAAAUUGAAGUUGAGAGAACAUCUGUCUCAAACUGCUGACAAGAGUGAAGCCACACCAGCUCCUUCAAAGAACAUUGAUUUAGAGAUGAAACAGCUGCAGUGUAAACUCAAGAAUUCGAAUAAUGAAAUCACCAGGCAAUCAACGACCAUUAAGUCACUAAAAAAUGAAGUCCAGGAAAAAGAAGAACGGAUUCGGGAACUACAAAUGAAGAUUUCUCGAUUGGAGAGGGACCUAAACAUGAAAAGACAUUUGAUGGAAGAGUUAAGGUCUCGUCUAAAAGCGAGUCAAGAAAAUGAAAAAACCUCUAAUGAAACGUUAGAAGGUCUUGAGAGAAAGGUAAAGGCAUUGGCUGAAGACUGUUCCAACAAAAAAACUUCCAUUGACUCACUGAAACAAAGACUUAAUGUAGCUACAAAAGACAAGUCUCAGUAUGAGCAGAUGUAUCACAAGGCUAAAGAUGAGUUGGAGAAAAAGGAUAUCAAGCUUACCAAUCUAGAGAGCAAAAUGAUUGAGACUGAACGUGCCAUGACUGAACUUGAGACUACUGCAUCUCAGCAACUACAUGGUUUGGCUAAACAGAGCGGGCAAGCUUUGGAAACUGUGCAGAAGAAGCUGCUACUCAGCAAUGACAAAGUAGAAGAGUUCGUGACAUUUGUGAAG